CUAAUUGACGCACGACGCGGGUUCGCCGAGGACGACGCCGACUCGACUAACAACGCGGUGACGGCGCCGACAGUUAGUGGCUCCUCUAAGAAGACGCCGAGCGUGGAGAUGGAGAGAGACGAAUUCAGCCGUGCGCUUCGGUUAAAAAAAAAAGUCUUCAUCCAGCAGUGGACGAUGGUUCACGGCUCCCGCUGCUGAUGACACAGACACAUCUGUAGCACUGCGCACGCGGUUCCUUGUCUCUGCUUAGGGGUCGACCUGUAGGUCUCCCUGCGUCUCCCCCUGCUCCCCCUAUCCCUAAGACCCCCCCCCGCUCCCCCCCACGAGCUCGCUAUGAGCGAGGCGAGCCGGCCCGUCCCGGCCCCGCGGCGCCUGGGACCCGCAGGAGGCCCCGGGCCCGAGGCGUUGAGCGUGGCGGACGCGGCGAAGUCCAUGGCGGAGGGGCUCACGGUGCAGCAAUUCUCGGACAUCUCGGCCCUGGCUCUGGAGUUACUCACUCACCCUGACCAGGCGGAGAAGUUGUUUGGGCGCUUGGAGGGACUCGCGUUGGGCCUGCAGGAGCCCAAGGUCCUGCUCGGACAACUCGUGCUCGUCGCUCAGGGGUCUCUAAGGAGGAGUUUGAACGCGGAUCAGAUCCAGGAGGAGCUGCAGAAUCUGGGCCUGUCGAAGGAGAAAUCUCGCCGCUUCCUCGCCGAGUGGGAGGGGAGGAGGCCGUUGCUGGCGCGGGCGGCGCUGGGCCGUGCUCUCUCCAUCAACCAGCUCGUCGACCUGGAGUGGAAGUUCGGAGUGACCACGGGCAGCAGUGAGGUCGGGGCGCUGGGCAGCAUCUUCCUGCAGCUGAAACUCGUGCUGAGGAAAGGAACGCAGCUUCAGAACGUCUACCUGGAGCUGACGCUGCCACAGUUCUACAACUUCCUGCACGAGAUGGAGAGAGCGAAAGCGAGCCUCGACAGCUUCCUGUGAGAGGGGCAGGGAGAAGGGAGGGAGGGAGA